UUGAAGCAAAAACCUGUGCUUUUAAAUGUAUUGGAAGAAGGGCGAGGCUGCAGUUCUCUCUUUAAAGUCUGUGGAAGCUCUUUGUGGAACUCGCAAACCUUCACCAUGUCUAUCAUUAUUUACUACUGCAGUAUUACUGCAACAACAGAGUUGGAGAAGAAGCAGAACCAUAUUUUCAAUAUUUUGAAUGCAAAGAAGAUACCUUACACAUUGCGGGAUCUAUCAGCAAAUGCAGAAUUUAAAGAUGAAAUGAGAAGCAAAAUGGGAGACCCCAAAGCAAUGGGACCACAGAUAUUUAAUGGGGACCAAUACUGUGGGGAUUAUAUUGCCUUUCACCAGGCUGUGGAAUGUGAGAUGAUAGAGUCCUUUCUGAAAUUGGAUAAUGCCCAAACUCAGAAGAAUUAAUGCACCAGCAAAUAAUAUCUUGCAUAUUUCAGUACUGAGUAAUUUUUUUUCAAAAGUCUACAUGCCAAUAGUACCAGAAACAAGAUGGUCUUUCCCAAACUUUGGGCAUUUCUACAGUUUAUUCUUGAAAAAUUUCUUGACACUAUUAAUUCUAUACAAUAGUGCAUCUUUUGUUUUACAAAAUGUGUAAAACAUACAAAUAAACUGCUUCAAUCCUU